AUGCCCGCGCUUGGUUCUGCAAGCAGUCCGAAGACCACAGCCAUCAUGUUGAGCAUCUCGAAGCGCACACUACUGGGGGUGUGCUGGGCCGUCCCGUCAACCGGGCGCAGUUGUAAGACAUCAUCUGCCCCCUCCGUUCUCGGGAUGGAGGGUUUAGGAAGCUCGGCAAAUCAGUCUGAACAGCGUCGGCCUCUGCGAAACAGCGCUGGUGUGCAUCUCUAUCUCUUCCGCAACAAGAUGUCUGUUCGCCGAACCAAGUUCAUUGUAGUGGUUGGCCCAUCUGGAACGGGCAAAACACGAUUCAUCAACCUCGCCUCAGAACAGUCACUUCCUGAAGGAAAUGACUCCAUCGAACCUUGCACGAGGACCAUACAAACCGCGGAAUUUAUAUUGGAUCAGCAACCCGUGAUUCUGAUCGACGCUCCUGCAUUCGAUGCGCCGGGCGUGCGUGAUAGGUCUAAAAGAACAAUCGCUACAUUCCUGCGAAUGCUACACAAACAGGAAACAGACCUGGUUGGCAUUAUAUACAUGCAUAGAAUCGUGGACAACCGCGUGGGGACCGCGAGCGUCGACGGCUUCCGGGCCUUCAAAGAACUAUGCGGAGACGCCGCUAUGCCAAACGCAGCGAUUGUCACUACCAUGUGGGAUCGAGUCCAGGCGGGAGUAGGAGAGGCGAGAGAACGCGAGCUUCGCACUGCGGACCAUGGCUUUAGGUCUGCCAUUGAUAGCCAAGCCAAGCUCCUCCGACACGACAAUACGGCGGAGUCUGCGAGGAAAAUAUUGCGGGAACUGCUCAAAAACUCCCCGAUGCCCCUUCGAUGUCAAGUGGACUUCGACGCCGGCAGCGUUAAGUUGCCCCCUGCACAUGCACCGAAGGACUUUGGGGACGGACACGCAUCAGGAUGCCUCAGGAAGGUCCUUUGGCACAACGCCGGUGAUAGGCGGUCGAGUCCGCGGGACGAUCUGCCGCGGCCGGAGAGCAUCGCCAGUGAGUUCAUCCCAUGGCGCCCCGCGCCCACCCCUCCGCCGGCCCCGACCCGCCAACCUUCGAUGACGGAGAUGCGCAGAGCACCUUCCCGAUCGCGUUCAAUCGAUACUUCCAAGCGGCAGGCCCGGCCAUCCUCCCCGCCGCCUCCUCUGCCCAUUGCGCCAGUCCCUCGAAGGCCCACGCAGAGGAUGGCAUGGAAUCCGACUGCAGGCAGCACUUCUGAACCUGCGCAGUCGUACUUGCCACCGCGCAAGCGGUCGGAUGGCUCGGUAUCGUCAUGGGGAUCUGCCGCCUCGUCCGGGAGCUCCAUGUCCCAAGAUUCACUGCUAUCUGGUAGAUCUUACGCGUCCUCCCGCACGAGCGUGGAUGAGAACACAAUGGAUAGCGCUAAGUCGAUGGGCCCUGUUGAGGAAGGAGGCAAUGCUGGAAGUCAGCCCAGUCCCGAAGGUUUCCGCUCAGCACUUUGGAGCCGCGUUACCAAUGCUGCCGGCAAUCUCAAAGUGAACGUUAGCAAGGCAUUGGGAGCGACCCUGUCUCCCGACGCAGGUGAAGGCACGUUCUUUCAGAACAAUUUGUUCAUCUACGGCGAAUCUCAUACGCUUAUUCCAGAGACGCCGCAGGGCGAGGAAUCGCGCUUGAUGCGUGCAAUGAAGGCGUACCAUGUUGACAAGGCGCGAGACGCGAACGACCUGCCCGACUGGCUAUUUGAAGGGCGCGAUCGCGAAGUCAUUUCCAGACUGCGCGGUAACGCCCCCGGGAAUGCAGAACCGGCGCAACCCCCCAUUCCCCGCCAGGCGACAACGUCUCCCGCGCCUGCUCGGCGCGGCCGUCAGGAGAGGAUUCCCUCGGGUGAGACCGCCCCGUCGGCGUGGCAGGCCGCGCAUUCGCGGGCCUCCUCAACCUCUUCUGUACGGUCGGUGCAUGCGAGCACCCCGUCGCGCGAUGCCAUGAACCGUCUGAAGGAGCUCCGCCUCGCUAAGCGCAAUGCGCGGGUCCGCUUCGCCGGGGAUGAUGACGAUGACGAGCUUCAUGCGUCGUCUAUUCGCCGCCCCCCGACACCCGGCGCGAGGGAUCCGUCCCCCGAGCCUUCCGGCUCUUCCCGCGACGACGCGCAGCCCGCGACAGCCAUCCCGAGUACUGCGCCGCGACGACGGCCCACGGUCACUCUCACUCGCGAGCGGUCCCUGGCUCGGGUGGGCCUGCCGUCCAGCGUGCGGCCCCAGAGGGCCUGA